AUGUCUGGGGUGGUUCGAUAUCUGAGACAAGUUCUUGGACUCUCGAGAUCCCCGGACAAGAAGACCCCCAGCAUCCUCCAGAAUGGUCUCGGUAUCGCCAGAGAUUUGACUCGGUUCACAGAGGGUGACAGAGUGCUUGUGGAUGGAUCAAAACUCGCCUUUCUGCAGCGGAACGCAAGGUUCGAUUUGCCAAAGGGUCAGCUCCCCUUGAACGACAUUAUCGGCAAGCCUGUCGCCUCCACAUACGUUCGAUCUUCAAAGGGUUCUCUGCACAAGAUCGAGCUCCCUUCGCUCGAGGACUAUGUCACGCUCACCCCCAGGCUCGUGACGCCGGUCUACUCCAGCUAUGCUUCGUCAAUUGUCUCCUUGCUAGACAUUCACCCUGAGCCACCUACCACAAUUUCGGACAGUGGCGGCGUCCCACAACCGCGCGUCCAGAUUCUGGAAGCAGGUACCGGCCAUGGCAGCCUCACUCUACAUCUCGCUCGAGCAAUAGCAGCUGCGAACCCACCUCCUCCGACUUUUCAGCUCCCUACUCUCCGCAGAGUGGCGGACAAGAAGUUCACACCUGUGGCCGAAGACGAUUCCUCCGAGUCGAAUGCACUCACGCGGGCGUGGGACGAAUGGAAACGAAAGCGCCGCGCGGUGCUACACACCGUGGAAGCCGUUCCAGCGAACAGCAUCCACGCGGAAAAGAUAGUGCGCGGGUUCCGACGAGGUCUCUACUGGCCACACGUCGACUUUUACACAGGAGACGUGAAGGAUUGGAUCGCACAGAACGCAGACGGCGAAGCAUUCCUCGACUACGUCCUCCUCGACAUGCCCGGCGUACAUUCUCAAAUACCACACGUCGAGCCCGCGAUGCGUGACAGUGCAAAGCUGGUGGUGUUUGUGCCCUCGAUCACGCAGAUUGCGGAUUGUGUGAAAGUGGUUCAAGAGCUGGCACUGCCACUACAAAUGGAGAAGGUCUUGGAAUUGGGAGAGGGGAUCAGUUCCGGGAGGAAGUGGGAUGUGAGGCUUGUGAAGCCGAGGAAGGGCUCAGGCUCCAUCGGUCACGAGCAGGAGGUGCCCGUCCAGGUUUCAAGAUCGGAGAGUGAGAACCACAAGGACGUCGAGGACGACCCCCGAGGGCCUCCCCCUGACGACGAAGGCGAAAUCUCCUCGACAACCCAAGAAGAUCAACCAGUCAUGAUCUGCCGCCCCCUCGUUGGCGAACGAACCUUUGGAGGCGGCUUCAUCGCACUCUUCAAAAAGACAUCCACGACUCCCACUUCCGCAGCGCUGGCCGCGGAAUGGCGCCAGAGCCAGACGGGGAGGGCGAAGAAGCGCAAUCGCUAG